AGUUCAUGAGUAAUAUGGGGCGGAGCAGAGGGCGGGGUUUAGCUGAGCAUCAACCAAUGGAAAUCUGCUGAGGUCACAGUUCAGAGGUCAAAUCAAAUAUGGCUACCAACAAACGAGUGUUGUAUAUUGGUGGCCUGGCAGAAGAGGUGGACGAGAAGGUGUUGCACGCAGCUUUUAUUCCUUUCGGAGACAUUGUAGACAUUCAAGUCCCUUUAGACUAUGAAACAGAAAAACACAGAGGAUUUGCAUUUAUUGAGUUUGAAUUGGCAGAGGAUGCAGCAGCUGCUAUUGAUAAUAUGAAUGAGUCUGAGCUUUUUGGUCGGACAAUAAGGGUCAACAUCGCCCGACCAAUGCGAAUCAAAGAAGGUUCAUCCCGGCCAGUGUGGUCUGAUGAUGAUUGGCUGAAGAAGUUUUCCGGCAAAACAAUAGAAGAAGCUGAGGCUGAAGCAGAAACCACUGGAGAGUCGACCAACACCACCAAACAGGAGGCUGAGCCACCAGCAAAGAAGGGCAGAGUAAAUCCUCAAGUUUAUAUGGAUAUCAAGAUCGGCAAUAAGCCAGCAGGAAGGUUACGGUUUCUUCUGCGUGCUGACAUUGUUCCUAUGACAGCAGAGAACUUCCGGUGUCUAUGUACUCAUGAAAAGGGCUUUGGUUUCAAAGGCAGCAGUUUCCACAGAAUCAUCCCUCAGUUCAUGUGCCAGGGAGGUGACUUCACCAACCACAAUGGCACUGGUGGCAAAUCCAUCUAUGGAAAAAAGUUUGAAGAUGAAAACUUUGUCCUGAAACACACAGGCCCAGGGCAACUCUCCAUGGCCAACUCUGGGCCAAAUACAAAUGGUUCGCAGUUCUUCAUCACAAAUGACAAAACGGAUUGGCUGGAUGGUAAACAUGUUGUUUUCGGUGAACUGGUGGAGGGCAUGGACGUAGUUCGAGCAAUGGAGGCACAGGGAACAAAAGAUGGCAAGCCAAAGCAAAAAGUAAUCAUCUCAGACUGUGGGGAAUAUGUGUGACCUUACAAAAGCUGUGCACUCCUUUUGAGCCCUCUUUAUCUGCCAUGUAGAUGUUUGAAUAAAACCAUUUUUAUAUCAAA